CCCUCCUCCUCUUCCUCUCCCUCGCUCCCGGCCAGCCGCCUUUCCUCGGAGGGGCGAGACGCGCGCAGAGCCCACAGGCCCCUCUGGCCGCAAGCGAUGGGCGACAUCCCCGGCCUCGUGAAAAUCAGCGUCUCCCUCAAAAUCCAGCCCAACGACGGCGCCGUGUAUUUCAAGGUGGACGGGCAGCGCUUCGGUCAGAACCGCACCAUCAAGCUGCUGACCGGGGCCAAGUACAAGAUCGAGGUGUCCCUCCGACCCGGCACCGUCCAGGCCACGACCAUGGGCAUCGGCGGUGUUAAUGUCCCACUGGAAGAAAAAUCCCGUGAUGCACAAGUGGCCUCUUACACAGGGAUCUAUGACACCGAGGGGGUGCCCCAUACCAAAAGUGGGGAAAGACAGCCCAUCCAAGUCAACAUGCAGUUUAAUGACAUUGGAGUUUUUGAGACAGUCUGGCAAGUCAAAUUCUACAACUACCACAAACGGGAUCAUUGCCAGUGGGGAAACAGCUUUGGCAGUAUUGAGUACGAAUGCAAACCAAAUGAAACACGCAGUCUCAUGUGGAUCAAUAAAGAGACCUUCCACUGAAGAGAUGGGAAACCAAUACUGCUGGACAAUCUCCCUAAAAAAAAAAAUCUACCUUUUUAAACCAGCAAGAAGCCUUAAUAAAGGCAUACUGUAACACUGCUUUGUCCAUAAGGUUCCAGCAACUACAUUGUAUAUACAGGUGGUGCCACUAAAAUAUUUGCCUAUUACUGUAUUUUAAGUUUACCAUGGCACCUGCAACAUUCUUUAUCUGUCGCCCUGAGAAUCCUGAAAGGUUCAUGGUAAAGGAUUAUCUGAUAGCUUGGUAGGAUGUCAUAUCAUAAUACUGUUGUAAGUAUUUGGAUUAUUCUGACUAGAUGUAACAACUUUUGUGAAGUGUUUUGCUUCAUUGCUUAGAAUUUGGAUUAACAUCACAUUGGUGAUUUCUGUAUUUACAUUUGUGUUUGCUCCAAAAUUGGUGUGUUCCUUCAAGCAUUUUGUUGUACUGUCUUCCCAGUGGACACCAAAAAUUAAAAAUAUGAUUACUUGUAGGUUUAGCUAAAUGGCAGCUAAUGCACUGUUGGUAUUAUGCUUUCAUACCAAGGGAUUUGGGAACUCAUUCUCCCUUUUGUUAAGUGCUGUAAGAUAUUCUGUGAAGUUUGCUAAUUUACCACAUCUCCUAAAGAGGAUUAUUUUUUGUUAUGUUUUUCAGUCUUUGAAAUAGCAUUAGGAAAUGGUGUAAAACAUGAUGAAGGAAGAGCAAUAAGUCCAUUAUGUUAUCCAAGACAUCUAACAACAUGGCUAUGACCUAUCUUAAGAUCAUAUAGUAUCCUUGAGAGAUACAGCAGCCAUACCUAAUUUAUUUCCUAGAGUAAGAGUUCUGAUAUUAAACUCCAUUCUUAUUUUAAUUGCACAUUGAUGAGAUCAGUUAAAUCUUACAAAUUGACAUUUAUAAGCCUGACCACUGUAUUCAUUGACAAGAUUUCUGACCAACAAGCACUCAGUAGUGUGAAGGUGCAGAUCCCAGGGCAUGUUUAUACAUGCACUGCAGUCUUUCAAAUAAAGAUAAGCAUGCAAGCAUUUGCAUAGUUAUAACUAAAGGUGCUUCAUAAACACUAGAUCAGUGUUUAACACAAACAGACAACACAAAACAGAUGUAUCUUUAAUUUCUGUAAAGACAGGGAAGGAAGGAAACAACUACACUUGUCCUGUCCCCAGCUUGGGUUGAAGUAAGCUGUCAGUUCCUGCAUAUCUGUUAUUCCCUUUGUGAAUAAUUUGUAAAUUGUAUAUGUAAAUGGUAAACAUGACUUUUGAUCUUUGUAAUAAAGGACCUAAACAAUUUCUUCUCUA